AAGUGAACGCUCGAAUAAAAUAUAUAGUUGCAUAAAAUAUCAAGAAAAUGGCGACAGAUGUCGAGGAAUCAGAUACCGAUGAUCAUGAAAGACCAGCUCCGCCAAAACGACAACGUACACGAUGCAUUAAAGUCGAUGAAAAUUAUUGGGAAACGGAUAAAACAUCAUGCAACAGCAAACAUACAAUACAAGAGACAGAAAAUGUCGAGCAUGAAGAAGUUGAAAGACGAGAGAAAUUAAGGCGAUGGCAAGCCUGCCAAGUGGCAAAAGGAUUUGUAGACAAUACUAUUAAUAAAAUGCUGGAAAACUUUAUCAUGCCAUCUGAAUCCUAUUCUGUGGAAGAUCCAGAAUUUCGUGUAUUUAGGGGAAAUGAUAUGGAAAAUACAGCUGUAAUGAUGGCAAUUCGUAAUCACGGUUUGGUUCAAUCAACAGAACUCGUUUCUCAAUCUGAUACUUUCUAUAAUAAUGGGGUACCUGGCUAUUGGACUAAUAAUGAUUAUACAAAUGUAUCGUGUUGUCCAUCCAGUCAUAUGCAAGAUACAGGAGAUUUUUCUAAUUCCAUAGCUGCAUCAUCAGCAAAUUCUUUGAAAUUACAUGAUCCUGUAGAGAUACCACGUUAUAAUGAGUCAACUUGGGAUGUUGGUAAAAUAGGGGAUAAUGAUCAACAAGAAGAUUUCUUAGAGCGAGCUGUAGCAGAAGCUAUCAAGAAAAAAGGCUUAAGUGCUCUGAGUGUAGAUUACGGAUGAAAUGUUUCUUUUCAUUAAUUGCCAUACAAAUGUAUUGAUACAAACAUGGUAUUAUUAUAUAUAAGACUAUUAUAUACACGCAUGGUAUAUAAUAGUGAUAACUUUGUUCUUA